AUGUCACAACGAAACUCAAACCAGGAAGGAGCCAGGCAACACCCCCCCUUUGAAUUCAAGGUUGAUGAAUCUCUUUCUGCAUGGAACAUGCCGGCGGAUGAAUGGCUCCUCAGGCACGGGAAGAAAUCCUCCUACAGUGGCCUGGCGAGCGGCAACAUUGUCUUCAACGGCAGCGGCGAGGUCCUUGUCAUCCAGCGCGCGAGCUCCGACUCCAUGCCCAACAGGUGGGAAUUACCGGGUGGCGCGGUGAACGAUGACGAGGAUUCCACCUUCUUCCACGGUGCCGCUCGAGAAUUAUGGGAGGAGACCGGGCUGAGGGCCAGACACUUCACUCACGUCGUCACAGAAGGCCCAGGUCGAGAACCAGGGCAGGUUUAUCCGAACUCGACGGGGACGAUGAUCUGGUGUCGUUUUUCCUUCAUCGUGGACGUCGAAAGCUGCGAAAAUGUAACCUUGGAUCCCACAGAGCACCAAAAUUUCGCAUGGGCCACCGAGGACGAGAUCAGAGACCAGAAGAUUGGGGACGGCAAUCAUUCAGUCACAAAUCAAGGACUCAUCUCGCUUAUACUGGAGGCGUUCCGAGUGAGAAGAGAAAAGGCAACCUCUGCAAGUAUCUGACUCUCGCAGCAGCCGCAGGAGGGUGGGGCCAAAGAGUGAAGACAGCGAGCGUUGUACUUUAUCGCGAGAGGUUCACACUUUGUCAGUGGCAGUCGAGCGAUAAAUGAGUCGACAAUACUCUCUACAAAGAUAUUCUAAGUACUCGCUAACUUUCGGGUAAUCAAAAUGCUCCGCCCUCUCCCUCCACUUAAUGUACGGGUAGGGCCGUAAUUUUCCUGCCGAAGUUCUUCUGGACUACCCUCACGUGGAGCCUAGAAGGAGCCACCUUAGUGAAGCUGUCAAAGAC